CGUGGUCCUACAUGUGGAAAGUUGGAAGUUGUGCGAACGUUUGUGUUUUGAUAUGAAUAGUAGUGAAAAUGUAAAUUCUCAGUUAUUUUUUCGCCCAUUUGAAAGCCUGUGAGAAUAUUAUUAAAUCAUUAAUGCUCUUGACCUCGUAAACACUGCCUUGUUUCACUCCGGUGAGGAGAAAAUCGCGUGUCUUUUAGCUCCAAGUGCAAUGUGAAGUUCAUGACCACCAUUUUUUGGAAGCGUUUUCAUGGCCGAUAAUUUGCUACAAGGGCUUCAGGCGGCCGCAAAUGCGACAUCACAGGCAGGGGUGAGUUUCUUGCCAACUAUUUUUCUUUUGAACGGUUCGGUUGCCGCUCGAACAUCAUAUAGCAAUGCAAUCGUAUAUAGAUUAUACAUUGUCAUUAACAUUAUUCUUAUUAAUUUUUUUGGCCAAUAAUGAUAGGCCCUGCAAUAUUUUGAACAGCUAAAGAAUUCCCCAGAUGGCUGGAAGCUAUGUGGUGAUGCCCUAAUUCGAAAUUUUUACAGGUAAUUGACAUUUGAUAUUAAAGUUAAUUGUUUUACUGUGGUAUUAAGUCGUUAACGUUUUGGGCCUCAUUGAGCAUUAUUUCAGAACUUGAUUAAAAAGAUGCAUUGUUUGAUAUAAUUUAUAUUGAUUUUAUGUUAUCAUUCACAAUUCAUAUGCAUCCAUAUAGUUCAUUGUCUUUCAUUCAAAAUAUUUUUUCUAUUUGUGAUUGACCAAAAUUUGGCUGGAUAGUCACAGUCGGGGAAAAGGGGAAAAAAACAGGGUCACAAAGGAAAAAGCGGUGGCCUGGAGGUGGAAGGGGAAAGGGCGAAGUGGGGUGGGGGUGGGGGGGGGGGGGGUGCAGCAGAGCCUAGAGUCAUGCCUUUCAUGCUGCCAUUCUGUGAUACCAUUCUGGUGUCAAAUGUCUUCAUGUUGACGGAUUCGCGGAUGCUGUGGACAGUAUCGCACUCUUUCAACAUCAUGCUCAUACAAUUCGAGAAAAGAUUUUAAAAGAUGAAUGAGGUUGGAUUGGCGGCAUCAAUGCAUUUCUCCAGGCUCUACCCUUUCUCCUCCCCAGACUACCUCUUGGCCGGCUUUGUUUUGCUAUAGCGAAGACCCCACUAUACAGCCUGUAACCAACAAUUUUUUUGGUACCAUGGCACUUCAUUAUAGCAGGGUUCCAUCAAAAUCCUGCAAACAAGCUAGGGCUGGCGGGAAAUGAACAAUUAAGGCAAGCGGGAUUUCAAUUUGACUUGCUGAAUGCUCCUAAUUUUUUGCGGCCUCGACACCUAAAAACAACAGCAAACAGACUGCUUAUCUUGCCAGCUACGCAGACUAAUGUAACUAGACAUGCAGGGCUCGAAAUUGAAAAAAUCCUCAGGUUGGCUUGUGGCGAACAACUGGAGAAAUAUAGUCACCAGAUGCAAAUUUUUAGUCUCCAGUUUUGAUAAUGUAAAUGACGCAGCUCAGGGCUUGUGAUAUUUCGCGUGGUCGCAAAGCUGUGAAAUUCAGGUAAAUCCGCGAUAUUCACAAAAGCACGCAAAAUACCGCAAAAUUUGAUUCAAAUCUUAUGAGAUACGUGUCUGUACAACAUAAUUAUGAAAUUCAUCUCAGCAAAUUUAUCUUGAAACUUUGUCACUGAAACAUGCAAACAAUGUCCCGAAACUACCAGGUGUAGAUUAUGUUGCGAAAAGCUGGGCACUAGCCAUGACAUUAAAGGCUUUGCCGUUGGUUCAUUUCUGGAGCAUAUUGUUGUUGAAAGAGCAAAUGAUGACCUCUGUUUGAAAAACGUUAAAAAUGCUGGUCUGAUCAGCCGAUCGAUUUCUAGUGAAUUUUCCCUAAAAAUAACCACAAAAUUGGCCGUUUUUUACCACUUGUUUUUAGGCAACGUUUGCCCCGAAGAUUCCCAGGAAAUUGGCCAAUUUUUCUGGGAAUUUGUCCCUAAAAAUCCUGCAAAAUUUGACUUAUUUUUCACGACCUUUGAGAAGCCCGUAUAGUAUGGCGCGAUCCAUCAGAUUUGAAAAUAUCAGUUAGUUAUUUGAAAAACUGUGUGUGUUUUUAUCUGUGUAUAUAGUUACCCAGUUGAUACAGUUGAGACUCUGGACAGUACACUCCUCUUAAGUAGACAGCUCUUCUUUCAGGUUAUAUCAGUUUUUUCACAUACCUGCUGGUUACGCUUCAAAACACCGCUUGAAUUUUAUGCUUGUGCCUGAAUUACAGCAUUGUCAGAGCAACUGUAUCAAACAAUUUUUUUUUUGGUAUCACAGAAAUGCACCCCUUGAUAAUUGACGAUCAUGAAAAAUGACAUAGUGAGAGUGUCAAUCAAGAAAUCCCCUGUGUAUAUUCUUUUCCUGAUUAUUGUUCUUGCUAGGAAUACGACAAAAUAAUUUAAGAAUAAAACUUCACGCAACUGACAAUACUUGAGUCUAUCUGUCUAAAUUUAAUCCAAAUUAGCACAUGUAAUUUAAACCCUUAAAAAUUGAUUCCAACACUUAAAAUAAUGGUAACAAACCAGUUUGUAUUGUUUCUGCAUUGUUUCUGGAAAGUGUGAGAAUUGUCAAUCACUAUAAAGUUUAUAAGAGACUGAAAAUGGCUUUAUGGGUACCCCACUUUUCACAUAAUUUUGACAUUAUUUUAUCAAUGGAUGCCAAACUGUAAUGUUGUAGCUAAGUAAGCUCCCAUAAGCUGCCAAUGAUAUAACCCUUUUACCUCUAGUGGCUGCAGACAAGAACCAUUCUUGUAAGUGAUCAGUUUCAGUUAUGGACACACUUCUCUCAUCUCAAGGGUGCCACUCACAUGAGCAUCUAUUCUAGUACAUGUACGUAGCUCCAGUAUCACAUCAACUGUCUUGUGUAUGGGUGUGAUAAUUAUAAGAACAUUUCAUCUAACUUGGCAUUGUUGGUCUUCUAUACUGUUUUUUUGUUGUUGUUGUUUUAGUGAUGAAAGUGUCAAGUUCUUUUGCUUUCAAGUAUUAGAGCAUCACAUAAAAACAAGGUAAAAUUAAACAUUGAUAAUUUCUAAUUAGAAUGAUUAAUAAUAAAUUUUACAUGAUUAUUAUAAUGUGGCAUCCAUUUUAAAAUUAAUCUUCCUUCCAUGGAAAAAUCAAAAAGGUUUUAUUCUGUUGGUUGAUCCGCCAUUUUAAAUUUUUGUCCACCAAAUUAUUCUGAAUAACUCUGAUUAAAAGAUGCCAUCAGAGAAUUUAAUUUUUAAAUAUUUACUCGCUUGGUAUGAUGUUAUGUAGCUAUUAUGAUGAAAACCAUUCAACUAGAGACAAUUGGGUUUAAUUGUUUUCUUACCAGGAAUAACUUAUAAACAUUUGAUCACUAGCUGUAUUCAGUAUACACAAAUUGCUUCAGUGUCCUGUACUGUACAAGACAUAUCUUGGAUGACCUUGUCUAAGUGUGUGAUCCUGCCCAAAACAUGACUAUGUUUUUUUAUUUUUUAUUUUGUGCACAGACAUGUGUCAUCAAGUCUUGUAGAUCAACAAGCAAUCAGAGAGAUUCUUUUGACCUGGCUACGAAAUCAGGUACACUAGGCUAAUUUACUCUACAGUAGAAUCCCAAGGAACAUUAAUUUCUCUUUUUUUGCCCCUCACCCUAGAUUGCAAUGUCUGUCUCUAGGUGAAAAAGGAUGUCUUGCUAAUACCUUUGACAUAUUAUUAUGGUCUAGACUCUCUAUCUGUCUUUCAUCAAAAUUGAAACAACUUGUUUUAUGUCAAAAGGUUGAGCAAAAUUGUCAAACUUUGUUUUUUAUAGUUGUGCAAAGAUACCUGAAAGUGGACAUAAGUGUAUUGGUUUGAAAAGUCAUGAGAGUCUUGCUAGCACCUUUGUUCUUUGAAUUCUUAUACCUACACUGUAGGGGUAAUUGUAACAUUUUUACUGCGAUUUUUCAUUGACCCUUGUUGUAACUUUUCAGUGUUGUACCGAGUCAGAUAACAAGAAUUUCUUGAAGAACAAGGCAGCGCAAGUCUUUAGCUUGAUCUUUGUCUGUGAUUAUCCUGAGAAGGUUAGCUGAUUUAUUGUUAUUUCAAGUGUAAUGAGCGUGAAUGCUGAUACCCUAAAUUGUAACUUGUGCCCAGAUUUCAUUCAGUGUGAGAGAACUUCAUUUAAUUUCCUGCCUCUUUCACAAGCUGCCUUUAGACAGUGUUGUGCCCUCAUGGCUGGUAAACUCACGCCUUCCAGCCAUGAGCCCCCACACCAAUGGAACCAGGCACCUGUACCAUUAAUGAUUUAUCAGAGAAAAAUUAAAGGGAGGGAACUAGGGUUGGGGAAAGGCACAAUCCAAAGGCUGAACAAAGCGAGUAAUCGCCUUGAAAGCAUUGUACUAAGCACAUGGAGCUGAUGUUAGCAAGGCUGACUGCACUUGAGCCACCACACUGACUGCUGAGCAACAACACACGACGGCGCUCCUUGUUAUUACCUGCGUUAAAUGUUGUUUAACUUCAUGUUACAUUUCUCUUCACCCUGUAGUGGCCGCUGUUUUUCUCAGACCUCCUCCAGUGCUUGCAAUAUGGAGCAUUAGCUGUGGAUAUGUACCUUAGGAUUUUGAAGGUAAUUGAUGAGGAAGUGGUAGAUAGAGAUGUGAUAAGGAGUCAGCAGGUUAAUUUUGUGAAUUGUUUUAAAAACUGUAAUGCUACAAUUUCCAUUGGUGAAAAUAUAUCUCCAACAGAGAGGGGUACAAUCAAACACAAAUUGAUAACCUAUUCAAUUCUAUAUAGUAUUUUACUACCUGACAAUUCUCAUACGAGCAGCUUGCAGCCACUGAAGAACCCAUUUUAGUGGGUGUUGGUAAAGUGGGUUUGGACAUGUACCUAAUUUUUUAUUUGCCUGAUAUAAGAGCUUGUUAAAGCUUGUCAUUCAAGUUGUUUUUGUUGUGACAAAGUCCACCAUGCCACACACAUGAAGUUGUAGGUGCUAAUAUGAAUCUAAACAUGUUGUGCAAAGGGCUAUGCUGUACAUGUGUGAAAUUGCUCCUUAUGAAAAUCAAAAUCCUUUGCAGUUAAAACACCGCUUCUAGAAUCUUGCUUGUCACAUCUUGAAACUUUAAGACUGUCAACUUUUGUGGAGUUUCAGUUGGUUGUACUUGUACAAGUUUGUAAAACCAUUUACUGAUCAAUCAGUUUAGAAGCUGAAUGAAGUUUUUCUUCCAUGAACAGGAAGCAGAGAGGAACACAAAAAUUAAAGAUCACAUCAGGGAUACGUGCCUCACAGAGCUCGUUGACUCUUGGUUUCAGAUUCUGGUAGGUGGGAAUCUUGUAUUUUGGUACAACAAUGAGGUUGAGGUUUCGCUGACUGUUUUUUAUUAUGUUUUGUAUGCAGAAAACAUAUGAAAAUAGUUUGUCAUCAAUAACAUGCCUUUGCCUGGACAUUAUUGGAGCAUAUAUUGAAUGGAUCGAUAUUGGCCUAAUUGCAAACGACAGGUUUAUCAGGUAAUGUUCAUUGUAAAAGGGGCAGAGUAAAGUUAAUGCAGACUGCGGACUGACUGUGGACUACGCGGAAUAAUAUUUUUAGGGUUAGAAAACAAUGGGACUUUUGGUGAAAGAAUGAAAGAUGGUAAAAUUUGAAUGUACACCCUGUAGUAUAAUUUAUGGCCUCCCUCUCCAUGAGUUCUGCGUAGGUCAAGUGGAUAGAGCAUCCGCCCGGUGUUUGGGAGGUCAUAGGUUUGAAUCCUGUCGGGGACUCAGAUUUUUUCUUUGUCCCACACUCGUGACAUGCUGAUUAUUUUAUUUUUCACAAUAUUACUUUUGUUGUCACAUUGUCAUUUGCUUUGUGAAAACAAUAGUCAUCAGUCUGUGUUUUACGCUGACUGAUGGUAAAAAUGUUUCCUUUGCUCUGUGUUAUUGUUUGCUUUCAAUUCUCAUAAAGUCAGUUUUUGCAAGUAGCCUGUCAGUGGUUGAAGUCAACUGGCAGCUAAUAAUAUGGAAAAGCAUCACUUCUCAUUGCUGAAAACUGUAAAAAGAGGAUUUUACUAUUAGCACAACCUUUGAUUUUGUGUCGUGCUGACAAAUUGAUCAUGUUUCUUUGUAGUACCUUUCUCCGGUACAUGUCAGUUGAAGUUCUUCAGGAGAGCGCUUGUGAUUGCAUACAUGAGAUUAUCAUGAAGGGAAUGGAGCCACUGGCAAAGAAAGAACUGGUGGAAUCUCUUCUGAGCGUUCUGGAGAAAAGCAGCAUCCUUGAACCACAAGAGGUAAAAUGAUUAUUCAUGUGUAAGCGUAACAUUUUUGUCCAAGAUUGUAACUUCAAUACGCGGUUUCCUCCAUAUUCCCAGGGGUGAAUGGGUGAAUGUAUUUUUUGUUUAAUUUGUCAUUUGAAUCAUCACUUUUAGGAUGAAGAUGCUGACUUCAUGGCCAAGUUAGCAAAACUGACGAGUGCUUCAGGAUCACAGCUUCUAAACAGCUACACUUUAGAAGUAAGAGAUUAUUGAUUUGCUAGCACAAUUUCAAACUGUGUUCUUAAGCAAGACAAUACUUUAGAGAGACUGAGAGUUGUAUUGUCAGGAAACAGAAAAUGUCAGAUUCAAGUUUAGAAUUUCUCAAAAUUGAAAACGUGCAGCUAAAAACAAGACAUAACUAAUGUGAAGCUAUUAAGUUUGUGGUAGAAUUAGUAAACAGUAAAUUGCGCAACAAAGUUAAGGGAAAAUUUGGUCGCAUGGUAUGAAUUUCACGUUUGCUGUAAACAUAACUCUAAAUCUUUCUAAAAACCUGGACAAAUAUGCUUGGGACAGUACUGCAAUAUUCAUAUUUUUCUGUCAUUUCUCGGUUCCCUCUUAAAACAGUGCCAUCCUUUUCAAAAUCUUCUUGCAGUUCUCCCCUCACCCCACCCUAUACAAAGUAGAAAGUCGGUAAAAAUUCAGGAUAGUCGAUACACGCGUCCAACAUGGGUGAGGGAGGGUUGGGCCUGUGUGAAUUGGAAAACGUCCCUGAGAAAUGCAGAAGUGUUCCAGGACUUUUGGUAGAAUAUCAGAAACUUUGCUCACCAAUUAGGGAAAGGUACUAAACUCUGUAAUUUAUCUACAUUACAUUUUUAUUAAAACUAUUUUUUUGGUAUUAAUGGCCUCGUUUAAUAAAACACUUUAAAAAAGUCAAACUUCUGUAGAGCUGAUCCCCCCACCGAAACAAUCUAGAAAGAGCUCAAAAAGAGAUGCAGUUUUUUUAGUUUGCUGUUAUAAUUCAGCACUCAAUACGAGAAAGGUCGUAACAGGUUUUUUUCGUGUUCCAGUUACUCUUAUAUGCCAAGCAUGACCAAUAGUUGUUUAAGUGAAAGCGUAGGCUAGAAAGAUUUUCCUGGUGAUCGCUUUGCAAAUGUGUAGCAAAUUAGAAUGCUGAGUUUACAGUAGUGCGAGGGCCGGCAUAACUUAUCUUAGAGAAGCCCCUAACAUUCUUUUCUGUGGUGUUCCGCUUUUUAAGAGCAUUAUCGAGGAGCAGCUUCUGUUGAAUCGAAUGGCUGAUGCCUGUAUCAACUUGUUUGCUAUGACGGCUUUGAUUUCCAGAGCAGCGCGAUCCAUAAACCAAGUGCCAGCCAUGAGGUGAGUGAUAGGUAGCGUAUUUAAAUAAAUGUAAGGAAGAUCCUCGCAUUUAAACUCGCACUAGCCUACAUAGCAGGUGUUCAAAAGGGAAGGGAAAGAGGAUUUGGGGUUUCUGAGAAGUGGUUUCGAGCCCAAAUUCUCUUUACCUUCCCUUUCGAACGCCAGCCACACAGGCUAAACUCGCUAACUUGUGCAUUUGUGAAAAAAUAAAAGCCUGAAAAAAUUCAGAUUCGAACCAGGAUUCCGGAUUCGGGAUUCGGGAGCCGGGACAUGAACCCUAACCUAGUGAGGCCGUUAUUUAAUGAGUAUUGACACAGGCAAUCGAGGAAUAUCACUGGAAAUUAAGCUUAAAAUGAGUGACAAUGUUGUUGUCGAAGUAAUUGCGGCUAUUAACUUUUUGCGGUAACUGACUUUACGUCAACCCUCUCACCCUCAACCUUCCCAGCAAAAAAUGUUUAAAAAAGCUCGAUACCGUGUUAACGGUAAGAGCUAUUUUUGGUGGCCUUCGCAAAAUAGAUUUACCAGAGGAUUUUGAAUUUAUUUAUCAACUGUCAUUUUUUUCAAUAUGUUUUCCUUACAGAUACAAUAUGCACUAACAAGUGCAACGUGAACAAUGCUCUCUUCAAAGAAGUCAGAUCAGGUUAGAAGCUGCAUUAUUUUUUAUUGGGCAGGGUGUAGCUAUCUUAAUAUACUGUAAGCGCUCUAUUGUAGCACAAACUUUGUUACUUGGGUGCCAGUCUUCAUAGUUCAUAGUGUCCUGCCAACCAUUAGGCUCACAGGGAAAAAUAACCGAUUCCCAUUUUUGGAUAUUUUUGGGUAUUUAAAGAAUACCCACAAAAAUCCCAAAUUUGGAAGAGUGGGACAAGUCCCAAUCAGGGAACUUGGUUGGGAAUUCCCUGGUUGGGACUUGUCUCACUUUGCCAAAUUUGGGAUUUUUAUGGGUAUUCUUUAAAUACCCAAAAAUAUCCAAAAAUGUUAAUCCGUUAUUUUCUCCUGUGGCUAUGUUCACAUUAUACUAGAUAGCUUUUCCUGCCGACACAAAAAUCUAUCCAGUAUUAUAUGAAAACCAAUCCGAUAUAUGACCCUCCAAUUUCAAAACUGGCACGGCGCACCUUUCAUUCCGUUACAAAGAUGGCGCCGAAAUCACCGUUCUCAGACGUGAACAGAAGCCCCAUCCAGCAGGAGUUUCGUGACAGCGCAACAUAUUAUCUGCUACACAGUCGCUUUAAGUGUUGUCAUGCAACGCUCCUCCCGUGACAACACUAAACAUGGCUGUGGCUGUAUAGCAGACUAAACAGAUAUUGGGUAUAGUGUGAACAUAGCCUCAGUCUCACACAUUGGUGAGGGGUGUUGCGUGACGAUAUUAGUCUGCUAUAAAGGCCGUUCUUAGUGUUGUCAUGCAACACUCUUCCUGUCACAACACUAAACACGGCUGUGGCUGUAUAGCAGACUAAACAGAUAUUGGGUAUAGUGUGAACAUAGCCUCAGUCUCACACAUUGGUGAGUGGUGUUGCAUGACGAUAUUAGUCUGCUACACAGCUGUUUUUAGUGUCGUCACGCAACACUCCUCCGGUCAGAACACUAAACACUGCUGUGGCUGUAUAGCAGACUAAACAGAUAUUGGGUGUAGUUUGAACAUAGCCUUAGUCUCACAUAUUGGUGAGGGGUGUUGUGUGAUGAUAUUAGUCUGCUACACAGCCGUUUUUACAGUCGUCACACAACGCUCCUCCCGUCACAACACUAAACACGGCUGUGGCUGUAUAGCUGACUAAACAGAUAUUGGGUAUAGUGUGAACAUAGCCUUAGUCUCACAUAUUGGUGAGGGGCGUUGCGUGACGAGACAAAACGGCUGCAUUGCUAGAUCAACACAACACUUGGUAUCUUACAAUAAUUUAAUACCUCUCAACUCAAGCACGUUUUCCGUUUGAAAAGGAAUGUGUCACGUGCUGCCUGCCAUCUGCAAACCUUCCUAGCUCCCAAACAAACCUUACUCACACUUGACCAGGUCACGUGGUUUGAACCUACAAAAAUCCAUGUGCCGAUUGAGCCAGACAAAAAAAAUUCACACUCUCAUUACUAAACCUAAUUGAUAAUUUGUUUUAGUAUUCACCAAAUCAGUGGAUAGCAACUUUCACGCGUUCUGAUUGGCUCCAGUAACUCGGAAUAUCCUUUGACAUUCACUGUUUUUGGACGAAAUUCAAAAUGGCUUCCCGUUUCGCAACAGUUUCGAAAGAUAAAAUGUUAGCGAUAAAUGAAGCAGCUGCACCAACAAAUACCUAGAAUAAGACAAAAUUGGGCUUGUCGGUGUUUACUGGCUGGUAGAAAAAAAAUUUCUCACUACAUUUGCAACAAAAUCAUAAAAAAUGAUUCCUGAAACACUGUCAAUUGAAACGUAAACAAACUCUGGCUAAGUGACGUCGUUUGUUUACAAAAAGUUCCUUUUUGAUUUUUUUCCAACUGAUUUGGUAAAUACUAAAACAACUAUCCCCUUCAGGGUCGGUUCAUAGCGCUGGAUAUAUACCUCGACGCUUCGCGUGUCAGUAUAUGCACCACUAUUCACCUCCCCUUCGGGGGAUAGUUGUAUAUUAUUUUUGACAUUUCAGAAAUGACAAAAAAGUCGUAAGCCCCGUCUAGCAACAGUUUAAAUUAUUCUGACUCUGCGGGAUGUAAAAGACACACCAGGGACGUAACAAAUUUCUGACAUUGACCACCCCUCCCCCUCCCCGUGAUCUUGGGUGGGCAAUCCGUAGGAAAAGAUCUUCAUUCAGGGAUAAACCCUCGGAUUCUCCUUCAGGGUGAUGAAGCAGCUACCUACAAACAUACAUGGGAUAUGAGUUUUUUAGGUUUACCUCGGUGUUUGUAGCCUGCGAACGCAGAUGUAUUUCUGGUCGUCCCUUUUCUCCACCCGGAAGUAAGAGAAGCGACGACCGGAAAUACAUCUGCGUUGGCAGGCUACGGCGUAAGAACCUGGGAACUUUUUCUUUGCCUCGCACCUUUUGUUGUUUGUUUUGGUUCUACUCUUUUGACUUCGUUGUUUUCUUUGUUUUACGUUACUCGUGAGUUUUACAGGUUCUUACACCGAGGGUGAGCCAAUUUUUUUUAAGGAGUUUUGGUUUGUUUCAUCUUCAGGUUCAAAAAGGAAUGGAGACGAUCAUUUAAAGAAAAUUGUCACAGAUGUUUUCCAUAAUGGAGGGUGCGUAGCACCGCACACACUGAACGUCUAAAAAUAAUUUAUUUUCAUGUUCUAAAUUAUUGCACAUGAAACUGUAUAAUUAUAACUAUUUAUAAUGUAACGUCUGUUAGUACAGGAUGUAUUUUAAUGUGUAUAGACAGGGGCCCAUGGGCUUCUGGGAUAGUACAUACAAGGAAACUUUAACUUGUAUACCAUUGUUCCGAGUCUAAAUUUAACUUCUUUUCCCAGUAAGUGAAAAGAAGGCUGAAGGCUUUAUGAGUAACCACGUAUUGAAUAAAAUACGUCAGG